AUGAACUGGGUGGGGGGUUCCCGUCGAAGAAUCAUGCUUACCAAAGAGAGAAGAAAACAGAAGGAUUUUUUUGAAAAGGAAAAACUGAAGUCAAAGAUAAAGCUAUUGGGAGUAUCUCCUUGUAAAAGCUCAGCUGUCAGUUUAGACCUUCUCAAUCUCUAUGUUGUUAAUCAGAUCUCUACAAAGAAAGAAAAUACGGACAGUAUUCGAAAGCCAAUUCAUGUAGAUAUUAACAGAGAAACUCAGAUUCCUUUGAGAAAGCAAAAUGUAGAAUUUCCCAAAUCGCCAGAAUGCAGACCAACUAAGCUGUUCCUAGAUGACAUCCAGCACAGGAUACAAGAAGAAAUCUUGGAUAAUAGAAGAAAAUACCUCUCUGAAAAAGCCAGUGUUCAUUCUGACGAUUUAGGAACUUCUCUGCCGGUAAAUAGUAAAGAUGAAGACCUCUGGCUUUCUACAGUGGCAUACAGGUCAGGGGAAUUCAGUGCCCCAGAUUCAGAUGCACCAGCUGGUCUCUGUUUCCAGCAGCUGAAUAGUUCACAUUUUGCCUUUUCCUCCCCAAGUCCAGGGUAUGUUAACUCCGUUGAUAAGGAUUUUGGAAACAGUCAAGCAAACAGAGAAGAACCAUUGUUUGGUACUGUAAAUGACAUGGUAAAGACUAGCCAAGAUGCAGACUUCCAGCCAAUUGCAUCUUUGUUUGAAGAGGAAAAUCAACCAUUCCUGGCUUUUCCUCCUUCUCAGUCUUACUGUUCUUUUGCUAACGAAAGCCAUACUGACCAGCUGUUCACAGAUUUUGGUGAUGCAGAAGGAAUGCUCAGUAAACACAGCCUGUAUGAUAGUGACAAAAUGCAUCAGGCGACAAGUCCUGCUCGGAGAGGUGCAGCUGAGAGGGACCUCGCAAGUAUCCUCACAGCUCCAGAGAUGAUUUGCUCCCUGAACAACCAAAGCUUAAAUGCAGUAAACCAGAAGUCAGUUUGGAGUCAGUUCAAAGAUUACGGUAUCCAGGAAAGGAAUCCUGUAGAGUUUUCUGAUCGGCAAAAACUUACUAUGUUCUUUAAAAAUACAGGUAAAUGCCUGCAAUGCAAGGACGAAGGACAGGCAGACCCAAAUAUGAAUUACUUGAAGAUUUUUGAGCAUGAAGCGCUGGAGAAGGAAGUUUACAGUGACUUUGAUCAGCAUCCAAAGCAAAGAAGGCAAAACGAGUUGUUGCUGUUUAGAGUCUCUUUAUAUAAACUCAGGAUUGUUGUUGUUUGUUGUUCAGAUGAUGACUCUCAGCUAAGCAGCCAGUCACCCACUUAUUCUCCAAAACAAGCAGAUAGUUAUACUAGUUCUUCAUCGGAUGAGUCUAAAGUAGGGGAGUGGAACGAAGAGGCAUCAUGUGAUUCUGAAGGCUCUUCCAAGCAUCCAUGCUCAGGUUCAGGAAAUCAAAGAACAAAGUAUGUUUGUCAAUUUGAUGGUGGGCCCUGGAACACUGCUAACAUUCAGCCCCAGGCAAAAUCGGCCCCAAUUCCAAGAAAAAAUACGUUGGACAGAGCUGGACUACAGCUGUCAGAUAUGGAUCGUAAGGGAAAGCACGAUGUUUCAUCCCAAACAGAAACCUAUGCUGAGCCAGUAGAAAAAUCCAAUGCAGCUGUGCAGUGCGACAUAAUCCGGGUCUGCAACUGUAAAGACGAGCUAUCCUUUGACCGUAGUGCUGAGACUGUUACUUCAACUAGCAAGGCAGAGACCACCGGAGGGCAGAGCAUCCCAUCCGACAGCCCGGCAUUUCAGCCUAAAAGCAGCAAUUUGUUGUUUACUAAGAAUGUGUCUCCUGAAACAGAUUGUUUCAUAGUCAGCGGCAAAGUGAGCCUAGCUCAAUGUAACCAAUAAAAGGAAACAAUGCACCUGAACAUGCAUAUUUAUUGGUGAUGCCGUCGAGAAGAGAGCUUGAAUUAAUCUGUUUCCUCCAACACCUAUAUUUUCCAGCUCCACUUCAUGACACAGAUUUAGGGAUACUUAAAUACAUGUGUCACAAAACAACAGGGAAUUAAGCAACUAUAAUAACAAUGAUUAAAACAAGAUAUAUAUAUAUAUAUAUAUAUUGCUACUCUAGUUCAGUAAACUUUACGUUCUCUAUAACUGUUUUCUCCAUCCCUUGAUCUUUACAUCUUUCUGUACCUCCCAUUUUUGUUAACACAUUAUUUAAUGUAAAUGUCUCUGUAAAAACAGUACUUAUAAAUUUGUACUUUCUCCUUUCCUUCCUAAAGCCAACACACAGUGGCCCAGUUCGGUCAUAACGAGUCGCUGCACGCCAGAAUUUGUUGGCAAACUCAAACAUUUUGUCCUCUUCAGGUGAGCUUGCGACAGAAGGAAAGGGAUAGAUGAAUAAGAGAUCCUCGUUUGUAUGGGAUGUCUGCAGCCGAAAAUAUGGCUGAAGACCCACAGCCAGAAUUCAUUUGCUACCUUGGUUUUAAACAAUAUUUAAGCCAUAGUUUUCUGGUUCACCUCAGGGAAUCUCUAUGAUUAAGCAUACAAGAAGAAAGAGAGGAGAACACACUUAAUCUUGUUAUUUAUUCAUAUGUCAAGAGGCAGUUUUCCUAUUGUAAAUGAAUUGGAUCAAAGACAAUAGAUUUCACUGUAAAUUCUAAUAUUAUCAGAAGCUAUAUUAAAAAUGAAGAAUAUAAAUUUCUGCAUCUGAAAUUGGGAGCCCUGAGAAUAUUCCUGAAUAGUUAUAUUUCAGCCCUCCUUUUUGAAAUGUAGUGACUUAAUUCACCCGUUCUUGCUUUUAAAUUUGGCUGAACAUCUUCCAGUUUAAGAGAUCGAGAUUUAUUGUCAUUUUCUUUGUAGUUCUGUUGCUUUUAAUUCAGGAAUGACAACUCGUUUUAUUUUUACUGUUUCUCCUUUAAACAAUUGCUCCGCUAAGAUAGGCACUUUCUAACCCAUUCCUCCCUUCAGUUUUGCCCUAUCUGUGGCAGGUCAGCCUGGGCUAGUUAUGGUUGAAAGGAGCUUCCUGUCUUACUUUAAGGAAGAAUCUUGGGUUUGUCAAUAUCAUCCCAUUGGAUAAGGAAAGAGAGAGAUACUGAAGGAAGAGAUGGCUGAGAAGGUUACCAUGCAACGCCUUUGACCCCUUUGAAGCAUGUUACUGAAAAACUUAGCAGACUUCACAGCUGUUGCCACACUGUUGAUCUGGGAGACCUUGUGCCUCAAGGAUAUGCGUGUUUCAAGUUGUGUUCUAAAGCACCAGCAUCUCACUGAAAUAAAAAUUGACAUUAAAGGAAAUUCUGUAUCAAGUAAUUGUUUCCUAUUGGAAAUGUUAAUUGUGCUAGUCUCUCGAAGGAAGAGCCCAACCCACACAGAGAGUAUAUCUUGGCUGUAUUGUGGCUCUCUUAAGAGUUUCUCUCUAGCAGAAAGCCAGCAUCUUGCAAUCCCCUCCUGCAGAAUCUACAAGUCUCAGCAGCUUCUUGGCAGAUGCAGAAUUUAGCAGAAACAAAUAAUCAAGAACUGCUUUUCUGAAGAGAGAGCGAGAGAAUGAGAGAUGGUGGGCUAGUGGGGGGAAGUGGGGGGGAAGAAGCAUAAUAGCCCCACACACACACACAUACAUUUGCUCAAUAACUUUCUUGCUUUAUCCUGGGUUAAGUUUAGCUGCCUUAGCAACAAGGCAUCCAAAAAUGAGAUUAAAGCUUCUCCACCAACCAGGAAAGAUAGAAAUCGUGUGAUAAAAACGUUGCUGUAGUGCUGGUACUCUCAGAUUCUUUCCCUUUAUUUGGCUUGACCAUCUAUCCUCCUCCUUCCCCGUCUCUCAACGGCAUCUGCGGGGGGGAUCAAAGUUCUGCAAGAUGGCGGGCAGCCAAAGCCCUGCCCCUUUGGUGUGUUUCAUGCACAUGCCAAAGAGGCCUUCAGUCACGAUGCCCGGUCUGCCAUCUAGCAGAUUUUGACACCUUGCCCGUGGAUGCCACGGGUGAUUUGGUGAUUACCAGCAUAUCCAUUUU